UUCUUCGACACGGCCUCUUCUCUUCCUAACUUUUCACAGAUUUUUGCGAGUUUUCUACCCAAAAACAAAUAUUCAAUAACUGCUUUUGUGAAGUCAAACUAUUGCACUUUCGUUGUCUAACAAUGCCAAAGGAAAAUGUGCGUAAAAGAACGAAACAGGACGCCAAACAAGGGCCAAAGCUGGAGGGCCAGGACCCCCGCCCCCAAAACAAAAGAUCGAAAACCAAGUUUGUUGAUUCAACGCCUUAUUUGCUGGAAGGAAAGUUGGACUGGCUUGGUUAUCUGAUUGUUAUCACUGUCCUUACAACUGUUGCUUCCGGUGUGACGUUUUUCUGGUAUCGAGAGCGAAUGAGGGAAGCUGUCAGAUCUCCACUUGGAGCUCCAAAAGUGAUUGGCGAUGGUGCAUCCCUUCCAGCGUCAAGUCCGGACAGAUUCUGGGGGACUUACCGCCCACAGCUUUACUUCGGCCUGAAAACCAGAAGUCCACAGUCACCACUUUUUGGCUUGAUGUGGUUUACCCAAGUUGGAACAAACCAAAUGCCACGAAUUCGCCAUUGGUGUGAUCAUGGUGAUGGGCUCCGAUACGGAUGGAUGGCUCAUGAUGGCGUGAAUUUUGGCUGGCAGGAUAUUAUUGAUGAUGGAUAUGUAAUAACGACAUACUUUGCCAAACAACCUGGUGGACAGCAUGGUGGAGACUGGACGGCAAAGGUGUUAGUGCGUCCUUGGGGUCAACGAAAUGUCUCAAUGGUGUCGUUGAUGUUCUAUUCAUAUCUAGAUGGCGCUGGUAUACUCUCCCCUGAGGUCAAAGGACGACACAUCUCCUCUUUACAAGGCUAUCAUGACUCAUUGGGACAUUAUGUGGUGAAAUUUCCAAAGCCAACCAAGAACCUCAAGAAAACAAAUUACCUUGUGACACACACAACUCAAGUUGAUCAACUGAAAGAGGUCAUAACGCGCAACAUGUAUGCUGAGCCGAUAAAAAAAGGAAGCAAUGUGCAGUAUGCUGCCCUUGCUGGCAAUGCUGUACCACGAGGAAAGGGAGGCCAAGAGACAUUGUUUGUCAACCAAAUGACAGUUACAUUACCAUUUGAAAUGGAAGUCAUAUUUGAAUCGGGGAGUUAUACUGACAGGCCUGACACAUUUUCAGGGGAUGUGUUUCAAAAAGCUUUAGAGGAAUAUACAAGCAGUUAUGAUGCUAAGUUUGAUGAAGUUUUCAAAAUUCAUGAUAAGGGGUUCAAUGAUAAUGAAAUAGGCUUUGCUAAAGCUACGCUCAGUAAUUUGAUCGGUGGUGUUGGAUAUUUUUACGGGGCUUCAGAUGUUCAGUCUGAGUGGAAUGCGAAACCUGUGAGUUAUUGGAAAACACCUUUGUACUCGGCAGUGCCUUCAAGGUCUUUCUUCCCAAGAGGGUUUCUGUGGGAUGAAGGCUUCCAUAAUUUACUGAUUAGUAAAUGGAAUGCAUCCAUCUCAAAAGAUAUAAUCGGGCAUUGGCUUGACCUGAUGAAUGUUGAGGGUUGGAUUCCAAGGGAACAAAUUCUAGGAGAUGAAGCAAGGGCAAAAGUUCCAAGUGAAUUUGUCGUUCAGAGAAAUAAAAAUGCCAAUCCGCCAACAUUUUUCUUACCAUUACAAGAAAUGGUGAGGGACAUGAUCAAGCGGCAUAACUCUGAAGAUAUAGAUUAUUUAAAACACAUAUUCCCUCGAUUGAAAGCAUGGUUCAAUUGGUACAAUACAACACAGGUUGGUGCUGUUCCAUCCUCCUAUCGAUGGAGAGGGCGGGAUGCUAAUUCAAAGUUUGAAUUGAAUCCAAAAACUCUCACUUCAGGAUUAGAUGAUUCUCCCCGAGCGUCUCAUCCAACUGAUUUAGAACGUCAUCUCGAUCUCCGCUGUUGGAUGGCAUUAGCUUCAGGCAUCAUGGCGGAUAUAGCUGAAUCUAUUGGUGAACCGGCUAAGGAAUAUAGAGAAACACAUAGCUUCCUGACAGAUAAUGAUCUCCUUAAUUCAAUGCAUUGGUCAAGCCGUGAUAAACGUUACUGUGAUUAUGGUUUGCAUUCUGACAAGGUCCUGCUUGUCAAACCUAUACCGCAGAUGCAAGCGGGUCAAGCACCACCCCGGGAUAUAGAUGCCCAGAAAAUAAGAAAGGUCAUCCAUGAGCCGGAAUAUAAAUUUAUAAAUUCUUCUAGUUAUAUCAGCUUGUUUCCAUUCCUGUUACAAAUACUUAAACCAACGUCUGAAAAUCUUGGCCACAUUUUGACAGAUCUCCGAGACCCGAAUCUUCUUUGGACAAGUUAUGGUUUACGAUCUUUAGCUCGCAAUGCCCCGUUGUAUGGUAAGCAUAAUACGGAACAUGAUCCGCCAUAUUGGAGAGGUGCUAUCUGGAUAAAUAUGAAUUUCCUUGUUGUCCGAGCUUUGCAUCAUUACGGGACCAUCCCAGGUCCUCAUCAGAGCACUGCCAAAGAUCUCUACAAAUCUCUCAGGGCUAACAUCAUCAAAAAUAUGUACAAACAGUAUUCUCAGACUGGUUUUGUUUGGGAACAAUAUGAUGAUAAAACGGGCAAGGGUAAGGGGACACAUCCAUUCACCGGUUGGUCUUCUUUGGUUGUGCUGAUGAUGGCUGAAAAAUACUAAGUCUUUUAUGUAUAAAGAAUAUUUUUCCAAUUUAUGCUUGUACAUGUACAUGUACAUGUAUUAGUGAAGAUAGAGAACAUGACUGAAGUUUUGCCCUUGAUUCUAUAGAAAUGGUCGGGAUCCGAAAUUUAUGCUACCUCUGCUAACAUGGGUGUUUAGUCAAAUGCUCUUGCACCUAGGGGUGGAAACCAGUAUCAUGUCUUGUAACCUUGUCCUACAUGCAUUGGCAUCAGUUUGGGAGAAGGGUCAACAAAAUAUUGUUCAAAUACAAAAAUAUUUUAUUAAUAAAUUAUGUGCUUA